AUAGCGGUGGAUGUGGAAGUGAAACAGUGAUGGAUGUACAUAUGAAGAUGGAAGCCAAUCAUACAGCUUGUCUCAAUGGGGCUAGUGUAGAAGAGUAUAAUUACUCAGAAGCAGACUUCAUCUUACCUGGAAUCACCUGGCAAGAGAGAAAGGAAUAUGGUGAAAGUGAGGGCUUUCUUUCACAACUUGACUCAGUACUUAGAUGUAAGUGGGUGGAAAAGAUGAAGCAGGGUCUUUUUCGUUACCCCUUGUGGAAUUUGGAGACCAGAAUAUUACCUGGCACCAUCAAGUAUGUGGCCCAACUUAACAUAAAGAGAGGUAUGGAGAGGAGGAAGCCACAGGACAUACAGAGCAUCCGGGAGAAGUUCAAUGCCAGCCAAUUUAACUUCAAUAAGAUAAACCCUAAGGAAAUUUUAUUUCUAAUGACAAAGUCGUCGGGUGAAAAUGCUGUUGUGAAGGACAGAAAAUAUCAAGGCUCUUUGUUUAAUAAAGUGACUCCAGCAACUUUGGAAUGUAAGUCUGGAAAUGUUCUUCAGAAGAGCCCCAAAGUAGAGUCCACAUCUAGAAGUACUUUAGUUGUCAUCAAUGUAAGUCCUCUGGAAUUUGGACAUGUUCUAUUUAUACCUGAUCCAUCUCUGUGUCUAACACAAAUUCUCACCUGUGAUCUCAUGCUGUUUGGAUUGGAAUCGGUUCUCCUCAGUGCCCAUCCAGGCUUUAGAGUUGGAUUUAACAGUCUUGGUGGGUUUGCGUCUGUAAAUCAUUUACACCUUCAUGGGUUCUACCUUGACCAUGAACUUCUGAUAGAGUCUUCAUCCAGCAAACCUCUGAGCACAGAACAUAACUUGUACCUACUGACACAGUUUCCUGCUCCAGGUUUUAUGUUUUAUACUGAUGGGAAGGAUUUAGAGGCUGUCGCUCAAAACAUAUGCCAAAUUACAGAUUAUUUUGUGGAAAAAAAUAUUGCACAUAAUAUAUUUUUAACCAGGGGCAGUGACCCUGCUGGCGUGACACCUUCAGAUUCUAGAGGAGGCUUACGGAUAGUCAUAUGGCCAAGGAAGUCAUGCUUUGGUGCCAAAGAGGAAGCAGCAUUUAACGUGGCGCUUUGUGAGCUUGCGGGUCACCUUCCUAUGAAAAAUUUGGAAGAUUUCAAUAACAUAACAGAAGAAUCUGUCAUUCGCAUUAUUAAGAACUAUCUUUUCUCAGACGAUGAUUUUAAUGAGAUAUCAUCAGAAGUGUUAUCUCAUUUAACAAAAAGUUCAUUGACCGAACAGGAAUAAAAUAAAAAGGAUGGAUAUUGCAUAACAAACAAUUAACAAAUAUGUUACUUAAUUUCAAUAAUUAACUUUGUUUUCAAUAAUUAAAAAAAGAAAA